AUGAUUCAAGAUAGCUUAGUUCUAAAAUUGAUUUUCAAGGACAUCAAACUUAAAUUUUCAGUUCCUGAUCCUACUUAAUCAAUCGAAUAUCUCAAAGGCAUUAUUUUACAAAAGUUAUCAGAGUAAGGAAUAAGCUUGCUUCCAAAUAAUGUUCAAUGCAAUGAUUCAGAUGACUUUAUGCUUAAUUCAUCAGAUAUAAUUGGAUAACUAUUAAAAUAAAAUGACACUGUCAAAUUAGUGGAAAAGGUAGCAGAUAACAUAAUAUAAUAACAAUAAUAACAAUAACAAUAACAAUCAUAAGAUAAUGCCACAGAAUCUCCUUAAAUAAUUUAAUAACAAGAUCCUGCUGAAGCCAUUGUUGUACUUUAUGAUAUCUCAGGUUCAAUGAGUUCAUAAUUUUUUGGAGAUAAAGAGCUUUCAAGAAUGGGGGCAGUAAAUGCCUUCUUCUCAGCCUUCGCUGACAAGACCUUAGCUUUUGAAUUCAACCACAUAGUGAAAUUGGUUUGGUUUGGAUCAGCAUUGUAUGAUAAAUGCGAGUUUAUAAGUGACUUCAAUAAAUUUAUCAAAUUGGUAGAUGAUGCUAAUCCUGGAGGGUCAACUAAAUGUUAUGAUGCCAUCGAUUAUGCUAUCAAUAAACUAUUGGAAGUAAAAUAAAAAUAUCCAGAUAUUGUGUUGAGAAUACUUGCAUUAACUGAUGGAGAGGAUAAUGCUUCAACCAGUAAACCUAAUACUUUAGUUUAAAAGAUCUUUGAUCAUAAAAUAAUCAUAGAUUCAUUUGUUGUGGGAGAAAACUGUGUUGGUUUAAAGACCUUGACACAUGCUAGUAAUGGAAGAUGCUAUUGUCCAAGAGACUUAGGAUAAGGAAUGUCUCUAUUUGAAAUUGAAAGUAUUUUAAGUACUAGUAGAAGAGAAAAGGUGGAAUACCCAACUAAUGUGGUAGAUUUGGAUGCUAUCAAAGGAAAACCAUUUGAUACCGAAGGAAUGAAGGUUGUUACUGUAGAUGUCUCAAAUAAAGCAGUAAUGAAAAGAGAAGAAAUCCUGAAAAGAGCCAAAGAAGCAGAUGCUUAGGAUAUUCAACAAGCAGCCAAUAAAACAGCUGUUGAAGGUAAAAAGGCUAUAGGUGGUGGCGGAAGUGGAAGAGAAAGAAGAGUAUUGAAGGAAUUAAAUGAUGCUGUAACUAAAAAUUAUGGUGAAUGUAGAAUGUAUCCAACUGCAGAUGACAUUGGACUUUGGAAGAUAUUAAUGCUAGGCCCAAAAAACACUCCAUUUGAGAAUGGAAUCUAUUAGUUAACUUGUGUAAUCCCUCAGGAUUAUCCAUUCAAACCUCCUAAAAUUACAUUUUCGACUAGAAUGCAUCAUCCAAAUAUAAGCAAAGCUUCUGGAGGAAUUUGUUUAGAUAUAUUAAAAGAUCAAUGGAGUCCUGCCUUGACUGUAUUUUCAGCUCUCCUUUCUAUUAGAAGUUUAUUAACUGAUCCAAACCCAGAUGACGCUUUAGAUAGUAAUGUGGCAGCUGAAUAUAAACACGAAAAAGAAUUAUAUAUUUAAAAUGUAAUAAAAGAAAAGCAACUUUAUGCUAGUCCAACAGUGGAAGAUUUAUUGAAGGAAGUCUUAGGUACAGUUAGUGUUGAUUCUCAAGAAUAUAAGGAUGCUCAUAAAGAUCUCAGUGAAUGGAUAGCAUAGUAUAAAUGAUUGAUUUGUUAUUGUUAAAAUAAUC